UCUAGGAUUUCACUAACAGAGGAUUCUCUGGAUCGGAGCAUUGAAUAAAUGUAUGUGAAUGUGAAUGUGAAAAGGAAAUGUAAAUUGAGUUAAUCAUGCUGUUUGUUUUUCUUUCCAAUCUGCUUUCAGAUGAUAUUUAUGCAUACGCUCUGUCCAAGACCCUGCCUAAAGUCUCAUCACCUGCAACUGUAGGACUCUACUCUUCAUGUCAGAAUCGAAUUAAUAUGAUCCUCGAAAAAAUGGAAGUGUACAUGAACAGGGAGGCUGUGAGGAUUGAGACGGAACACAAAGGCAGGCCCCGCUCAGUCAAGCCUUCAUUUACAGGCUUUCUAGCGCUCAUUGGCCGACUGCUCUUCUACAGGCCCAUUUUGACUGAGGAGAACCAGCAGCACCGUGACGUCAGGUUCAUUUAUGUGCAUUUCAGUGCCUGGCAUUUUGCAGGCAGUGACAUGCUUUGGGCCGGGCUAGCCAUACGACUGUUUCAGGCCAUGCAGAUGAACUUUGGGAAAUUACAGCUCGUACUUUACCGUGUGGCUCAACACGAUGAAGAGGACGAAAUCAAGAAGAAGGUAAUGGAGAAUAGUACUAACCACUGGAGAUCCAAGAAGAUUUGCUGCUGCCCUCUGUGGUUUCUCAUCCUGUUCAUUGUCGUGGUACCACCUAUCAUCCUGGUGUUGGUAUUGACAUUUGGCCUUCCCAAACCCGAGGUGGAACCAGACGAAGAGGUGAAUAACACAAAAGGCCAGGUGGGUGUGGUGGAGGGCGUGGUCAUUGCUGUGUUAGGAGUCCCUGCAGCGAGCGCAUUGAGGUUUACCUAUCAGAUGGUUAAGAACCUCAUCUUCAGCCAGGAAAUGAACCUUAAGAAGGGGUUGGACAAUGGGAAGAUCAGCAACCAACUGGGCUUAAUGAAUGAGGUGAGGAUGGAAAUGUGGUUCCUGUCUCGCUUCAUCCAGUUUAUGGAAAUAUUUGAGAGAAGAAGGAUUCGAGUGGUGUUGAAGAUCACCAACCUGGACCGGUGCACCCCCAAGAAAAUUGUUGCAGUUCUGGAUGCCAUCAACAUUCUGCUUUCAGACGAGGAGAGUCCGUUUAUUUCCAUUUUGGCAGUAAAUCCAGAAGUUAUUGUAGAGAAAGUGAACUUUGCAGACGGCUGCUUCAGCAAAGAGGACAGAGCUUAUGCAAUGUUGAACCGCAUUGUGACUCUGGCCUUCACAGUCCCACCACUGUGCGACAAUUCAAAGUGCAAGUUUUUUUACAGCCUCACAAGAAAUUCAAAAGAUAGAAAUAGAGCUUGGGGCCUCACGAAGACAUCUUCCUCAGAUGUAACAGAAGUACUAAUUGCACUGGAAGAGUCACAGCAACUGAUCAAUAACACUACAGUAGCACUGGAUGUAAAAGACAGCGAAGUAGAGCAGCUGGUGGAGAGCAGCCUGACCAACAAUGAAAGAAAUAUAAACAAGUACAUGUUAGAUGAUGCCAUGUCUAUGAGGAGGGUGAUCAACUCCAUUCGAGUGACUGUGAUAAUGAUGAAGGCUUUGGGGAAAGAGCCUCGUCAACCAGAAUACAUUGCAGCAUGGGUGGUCUUAGCCAAUCAGUGGCCCUGCCGACUUAGCUGGAUCAUCCAGUGUGCAGAAGACGCUCAGCAGAGAGCAGAUAUUGAUCAUGAAAAUGUGACCAACACCGAUGAUUCAAAGACCUUGUGGAAAGUCUUCAGUGAGUCCAGGGCAGAACUGUAUGUGAUGAGUGCACAGAUUGAGGACCUCCUCGAGCAGGACGGAGAUCCUGAGAUGUUCGAAAGAUUCCUGACAGUAGAUUUCCAAUUCACCAUAAGCGACUUAAAGACGUUUGAAGUGGCAACGGUAAACCUGGAUCAUACGAUUAGGAAGGAGCUGGCUCAGAUCAGAGGGACAUCCAGGCUGAAAGACUCUGGUUGGAUGAGGGACCUGGCUCCUCUACCUAUCACAACUAUCAUCAAAAUGAAUACAGAGGAUGUAUGCAAAGAGUUGGAGAGAAUGGAAUACCCCAGUAAGUAUAUCGAUAAGGUGAGAAGCAAUGACCUCAAUGGUUUGGCACUGCUCUUUGGUAGUGCAGAGGACCUGAAAGACCUCCUUGGUAUGACCUUUGGUGAAUGGGCAACUUUCAGACUGCACUUCCUGGGUUUACCAUCACAUCGCCGACCACAAUACAAGAACGUGUCGACGGAGCCUCAUCAUCCUCAGAGUCAGCUUUUGAGAUUUAAAGCACAUGCUUUCGAUCAUCACUUGUCUAAUCCCAAUCUGGUUGAUAGUUCCAUGUAGGAUCCAGUCUGCUUCCAGUAUGCCUCAUAUCCCUAAAAUUAUACAAUGCAAUGCAACAUUAAACAACAAUAUUUACAGUAACAAAACAGAGCCUGUGCACAAAAAUAACACGCAAGAAAAUGCAUGAUGAUGAAAAUUUUAUGCUCAAUGUUUCAGUGUUAUGAAUAAAUCUGUUUCUUGCCAAGAGUUAGAUGAUCAUUACCACUCUCACGUCUCUAUGCUAAAUAUGAAUUUUUGUUUAUAAUAAAGACUGGGAGCAGGGAAAACAGCUAGUCUGGCUCUGAUGUAUAGAUUAACCAAGCGAGAUACACAGCUUGUUAAUUAGUCAGCUUUAGAAGUUCAGUGUUUUCUAACUUUGAACAGAGCCAGACUAGCUGUUUGCCCAUGCUCCUAUAGUUGCUGCUAAACUAAGCUAAUUGCUUCGUGGCUUCAUAUAUUUCAAGCACACAGACAUGAGAGAGGUAUCUUUUAAUUGUCACUCUCAGCAAGAAAGCAAAUAAAGUGUUUCCCAAAAUGACAAACAUGUCCUUUAGCUAAUGUGAUUGCUCCACACUUAAUUUUGUUUACAGUUUAAACAUUACUUAUUACACUUUGUCAUCAACUUAUCUGUAAACCAGUUCAGUGUGAAUAGAUUAUUUUUUCUUCUCAUUAAGAAGGUGGUGUCUGCGAGAUGGUUCAGCCAGAUAACUCCAGCAUCCCGAAAAUGCUGACUCAUGCCGUGCACACAGUACCACUGUGCUCAGCUUCUCAACCUGCUAAUGCCAGUGUCUCACAGUCACUGCUGAACUACUGCUCAAAUGUCUACAUGCAUUUUCUGUGCUCCCUCCUCCACUCAAACAUAGACCUCUCUUAAAUCCCUUUGAGGGAUUUCAACUCAUCACUCCCUGCGUUCUCAUCUGCUGAUCACUGUGCUGUACAAGGGCGUGAUGAGCCACUGAGCCUUGAUGCCACAAAGAAUUGCAUUCAGAUUUUAUUUGUAAUGAGUUGUCUAACUGAACUGGAUAGUGUGGUUUAUCACACUCUGCAUUAAUUUUCCCAACAAACAUUCAGUUAUUCUGGUUCAGUAAUCUAUAUCGUAUUGAAUUCAUAACGAAAACUUUCAUUUCAAGUUUUGGACAUGAUGAAGUGGUUCUGCGUAGCUGAUGGAAACUGACCAACAAACUAUACUGUUGCAAUAGAAAAGUCAGGUACAUUUCAACUUUCCAAAUGCACUGGUCUCAGCAUUUGUCAUUGAACUG